AAAUUAAAAAAAAAACCUGCGGUUAGCCGGACUCGCUCGAAAAAGAGGAGAAAUAUCAAACCUGAACUGGACUCUGGCUGGUACAUUUAUUUCCACCGGACGGACUGGCAAAUAAAAUAUCGAUAUACAUACAUAAUUCACUCGCCCGUUCUCUUUGCUGUUGGGUUUUGUUCGUGUUUCUGCUUCAAAAUGCUGCCGAAUCUACCACUUGAAUUUACUGAAGAACUGUUUAAAUACCUCAGCGAGAAAGAUAAGCUGAGAUUUGCCCAAGUAAACAAGCAACUUGGAUGCGUUUUUGCGUACCACGCUAAAGGAGAGUAUAAGUCACUUUUCGUCGGUGAAGAAAUAAAUUCAAAUGAGGGAUACACAGACAACGAGCUACGAGUUAUUCUGUCGUUAUGCGGAUCAACUGUUGAAUAUAUUUCAAUGCAACGUGUUAAGGUUAUGGACGAACUGGGAGAGCUCAUAGAAAAAAACUGCAUCAACCUCAGGCAUGCCGUUUUGAUGAUAACUGAUGAAAAUGUAGACGCGUUAAAACGUGUUGUAAACAUGAGAUGCAUUGAAAAGCUUUCCUUAGAUGUCUUGCAUUAUCGCGGAUCGGAUCUGCUCCAGCAAGUGAAUCCAUACUGCAAGGAAUUGACGUUGGAGAACAUUUCGAUGGGCCAGGAGCAACACAUAAAGAAACUGAUACACUUGGAAAAAUUGGAUGUGCAAUCGAAGGAUGCACGAAAUAUGUUCGAAAUAUGCUCCCAUCUUCCACGGCUUCGCGAAUUCACUACGAACCGUUUUGAGUAUCCCUCAGAUGUAAAACAGGAUUAUUUAUAUCCUGAAUUGGAGUCGCUGACACUUAUCAAUUUUGAAAUGCCAUUGGACUUGCCAGUAUGUCCGAAACUCAAAAAGUUUACAUUGUUAUUGACUGUAUGCAACACAGAAAAUAUUGCUGGCAUUAUUUCAAAGUACGGAGACACACUGGAGCAUCUAGACAUCGCCUGUGAAUAAGCAUACAAUAAUAGUUCUCGGAAAAUGUAAGCCCUUGCAGUUUUUAAGCUCCAUAGAUUCAAUUAUACGAUGCUUGUUCGGCGAAUUUCUGUGGCCGUAGUAAGAAUACUGAAAAUGCAUAACUCUUUUAAGAAUUAAAAUUAAGUAAAAUGUUAAUUUAUAAGUUCGCAACCCAAAUAAUACUUGUCAGUCUACCCGCGUGAUGCCGAGGAGGACGUAAAUAUACGAGAAACGAAAGAAACAACGAAGAGUUCCGUUUGUUUGCCGACACGAUCAUUGGACAGAAAACAACAACAAAGAGCAUACUCCAUUGAUGCGAAAAUAUAUGUGUAAGAAUCCUGAAAAUGUGUAACUCUUUUAAGAAUUAAAAUUAAGUAAAAUGUUAAUUUAUAAGUUCGCAACCCAAAUAAUACUUGUCAGUCUACCCGCGUGAUGCCGAGGAGGACGUAGAUAUACGA